UUAUUUUCGGGGAAACACGGUAUACAGUUAUAGAAAUCCGGUUGGCAACACUGUUUUAAGUCACGUGUGAUUAAAAACAAAACAAGUGUUUAACUUUUUGAGGUGAUUCAAUAUUUCGAUUUUAAAGGGAAAGAAGUUUGACAUUAAUUGAACCGUCUCUAACCAUAUUCGUAGAAUUAAAUUAAUUACAUACGAUAAAUAUCAAUCCUAUCGUGUAAAAUACGUAUUUAUAAAAGAAAUAAAAGAAGCUGUUCCUUGCAUGGAAGGGUGCCGAAUUAGCAAGAAUGUAUGGGCCUAAAGGCAAUGAAUGAUGUGACCUAUCAAUUCUUUGUUACUAAAAAGUAUUCAUUCUGAGAAUGCUAAAAAUAUUUAUUGAACAUCUCACUGAAUAUUUGCAAGUUUUAGAAGCCUACAAAAUAAUAAAAUCUUCAUAUUUAAUGGAGAGUAAGAAUCUAUUUAAUUCAAACCAAGAAUUAAUGGAUUUCAUUAAAGAAAACUUCAUGUAAAAAUGUUGUGUACAAAAUAUAUUUAAAAAAAGAACAUUGAUCCAUUUUAUAUAUAAAUGGAUUAACCUUUCAAAUGAAUAUGGAUAAACGAAAACGAAUUGUUCUAACAAUUGAGCAAAAAGCAAACAUCAUUAUGAGAUUACGCCGUGGAGAAAAUAUGAAAAAAAUCAUGGAAGAAUUUAAGAUAGGGAAAUCAACUGUAUAUGAUUUAAAACGAGAUGCUGAUAAAAUAUUACAUUUUGCUGCAGAAUCAGAUAGUAUGGCUGGUCCUUCUCGUCGUAGGACAAUGAAAAAAUCUCAGUUAAGUGAUUUAGAUGAAGCAGUCUAUCAGUGGUUCACACAAAGAAAAGCAGAGGGACUUCCUGUAUCGGGACCUUUAAUAACUGAAAAAGCCAUGCAAAUGUACAGAACAAUGAAUAUUGAUAAACCGUUUUCUGCUAGUACUGGUUGGUUGAAACGUUUUAAAUCUCGUCAUGGAAUUAGGCAAACAUCUGAAGGUGGGUUAACUAUUGAUAAAUCUUUGCAAGAGAUGUACAGAGAAGAAUUUAGAAAGAUAAUGGAAGAGAAGACAAAUUCACAACAAUCUUAUACAGGUGAUGAAAGAGGAACAUUUUUGAAGUGCUUAAUUUCAAGAACUUUAUCGUAUUGUCAAGAAUCAUCAGAAUCAUGGGAACAAAUGCAGAAAGAUUCAUUGAAUUUGUGUGAAAAAUUUUGGAAUAAUAGUGAUAACAGUGAAGAAUUUUCAGAAACGUCUGAACUAAAUCCAGUAGUGAAAUUAGAAGUUUUUGAAGAUAUUGAAGAUCCUAAUAGUUGCAGUGAAGAAAUACAAAAUAUACCUGUUAAAAAUGAAUUAUUUGUUAAUUGUAAAGACGAGAAUUUUAGCGAAAUAUUGAAAGAAUCACCAGACCAGGGAAAUACAAAAAAUUUUCCAGAACAAAAUAGUUUAUCGGACAAUUUAACUGAUGCAAUUUAUCAUGCAACAAAACUGCUUGAAUUCUUAGAACAGCAAGCUACAACAGAUCCCGUUCCAUAUUUGCAGGUUGUAAAAAUUCGUAAUAGUAUAUUACAACAAAGAGCAGAAAUAGAAAAGAAAAAGUAAAAAUGUAUAAUUUUCUAUACUUUCGACUGUGAUCAGUUUUGUUUGUUGAAUAAACAAACUAUUUUCAGAUUUAAAUACAGUAGAGCGUCGUUUAUCCGAAUCAAUUGGGGACUGGGGUUGUUCGGAUAACCGAUUAUGUACGAAAAAUAUAUUAACCUAU